GGCUGGUCUGGAUCCAUGCUGGUCGCAAACGCACUAGGUUAGUUUUCUCAUGGCGCGGCUCAAAGGUCUCUGCCCAUAGACUUAAAGAUAAGACAAAACUUUUUCGCUUUAAUAGUGACGUGGAGAUAGGCACAACAACAAGGAUAACGUUUACUGGCCAAAAUGCGUGCUGUCAUCUUACUCUGUGUAAUUGUUGGAGCGACCUUGACCUCUGCGAACAUCACAGGUCAACACCCGGCGUCUGGGACAUGCCUUUGUUUGACUGGAACUAACGUACAUGCUCGAGGUUCAGCUGGACUAAGCGGGUCUAUUGUCGCUACGGUGAGCAAGCCAAGUUGCUACAAGUUCCACGGUGGAAUACUCACUAAGGACGGUUAUACUUGGUAUCAGCUGCAGAAUGUUAACGGACAUAAUGCAUGGGUAGCCGGAACGUUUCUGUCAACAUCCACAGCGUCUCAUUGCUCGGGCACAUCAUCCACUUCCGGAUCUGGAACGUGCAAUGACGCCACGGCAAAGGAUUAUGCUUGUAAACUUCUGCAUCUCGCCGAUGCUGGAACCAUCACACUGUGGAAACAGCAUCCCUCCGGUGUCCAUGACAACGCGUAUUCUUACAAUAAUAUCAGGGACGCUUGUCACGGACAUGCUGCCUCCAGAUCACAUUACGUAUGUCCGGAAUGUCGCAGCCCUGGGGCCCCAGGAGGUCAUGUUUGCCUUAGUGCGACUCUGCUGCAUUACAUAUACGCCGUUCACCAGAAACUUGGCUACAUUCAUGUUAACGAGGUAGCAGGUGCGUGCCACAGCUGCACAUCCAAGCAUUACCUGGGUCGUGCCGUGGACCUUCACAAUCCGUCAGGUCAGUCCUCCACUAUGCUCAGUCUGUGCACGAGUAUGGGAGGUUGGGGUCAGAACGAGGGAGAUCACGUGCACUGCCAGUUCACUUCAUAAAUUUUUUUAAUGUUACACACAUAACCAGGAAAAAACAUAUAAAUGUAUAUUCAAAAUAAACAAAUUCCACUGAA